UGAAGGCUGAGAAUGCCCACAAACUGAGGCCAUAUGAUGAUGCGCGUGCGGGAGCCGUGUAUAUGCUUAAUCCCAUUUCCUUAUCCGGGGUUCGUCCUGGAGCCGCGCCAUUGGCUGGCUGCCGUCACGUGUCUUUCUUAACUUUGUUCACUUGACAGAAAAGUAGGAGGGUUCAACGGAACAGGAAUAACCGAAGAGUAAAGGGAUGAGAUAUAAAUUUUAGUUAUAUAUUUUCCGAGUAGGUGCAAUUCCACAAAAAGACUGAAAUUAAUGGCCAUGAGCUCCUAUUUGAUCAACUCCAACUAUGUGGACCCGAAGUUCCCACCGUGCGAGGAAUACUCACAGAGCGACUAUCUACCCAGCCACUCUCCGGACUAUUACAGCUCCCAGAGGCAGGAGCCUGCUGCCUUUCAUCCGGACUCUGUCUACCACCACCACCAUCCACACCACCCACACCACCAGAACCAGCAGCAGCAGCAGCCGCCGCCGCCGCCGCCGCAGCAGCAGCAGCGAGGCGAGCCGCCGUACACGCCGUGCCAGCGCGCAGGGCAACCCGCCUCGGUGGUGAUGUCGCCUCGGGGUCACGUCAUCCCACCGGCCGGACUGCAGACCACCCCCGUCCCGGAGCAGAGUCACCGCUGCGAGUCGGUGACACCUAGCCCGCCUCCACCACCGUCUUGCGGCCAAACGCCCCACAGCCAAGGCACUUCUUCCCCCGCGAGCAACCGUAAAGACCCAGUCGUUUACCCGUGGAUGAAGAAAGUCCAUGUAAACAUCGUAAAUCCAAACUACACAGGAGGUGAGCCCAAACGUUCACGGACGGCCUACACGCGCCAGCAGGUCCUGGAGCUCGAGAAGGAGUUCCACUACAACCGGUACCUGACGCGCAGGCGCAGGGUGGAGAUAGCUCACACGCUUUGCCUGUCAGAGAGGCAGAUCAAAAUCUGGUUCCAGAACCGGAGGAUGAAAUGGAAGAAGGACCACAAGCUGCCCAACACCAAGGUCCGCUCCGGGACAAACACCAACACAAACUCCCAGGCUCUAACCGGCUCGUAGAAGCUCUCUAUACCAGGACCUCUACAGCCUUGGUUCUUUGGCUCUUUGUCUGAUGUUUUCCCUUUUCCUCCCUGAUUUCCCCCAAAAAAACUGAACGCAGAAUUGACAGCCACGCUUGUAACCACGGAAACCUGCACUUUGGACCGGAAUAACGCCUUUGCUCUGGAGGGGAGAGAGAGGAAUGUCAUUGCCGCCUGUUCGGCCCUGAUCUGUGCUGAUGUUACACACUAUAAUAUGACGUUAUGACGCGGGAGGGAAGGGAGGGGGGGGGGAGGAGGGGGGGGGUGUGUAUGGAGGGGAGAUUUCCCCAUUCACAAAACAUGAAAUGAACAAAAGUGAGGCGAAGAAAGAGACUGAAAGAACUGAGGAAAUGAUGCGGCCAGCUUCCUUGCUUUAUCCCCUCCAUUCUCUCCCUGCCUCUCUGGUUUUUUUUAUUUUUCUGUCUUUUUUUAUACUCCUCUUUCGCUCUCUGUUUCUCUCUUUCUUUCUAUGACAGAGCACGGCAGGCAGGAGACAUGCCCGUAUGUGUGUGUGUGUAUGUGUGUGUGUGUGUGCGUGUGUGUGUACGUGAGUGCGUGUGUGUGGUUUCUUUACUCCUUUUUUUUCUACACUUUUUUUUUUUUGGUGAAGAUGGAUCC